AUGUAUAAGAACCAGCUUCAAGAGCUGGCGCAGAGGAGCUGCUUCAACCUGCCGACGUACACGUGCCUGAGGGAGGGUCCCGACCACGCGCCGCGGUUCAAGGCCACCGUCACCUUCAACGGCGAGACCUUCGAGAGCCCUCACUACUGCCCCAACCUCCGGCAAGCCGAGCACUCCGCCGCCGGGGCCGCCCUCGCCUCCCUCUCCUCCCGCGGCCCCUCUCAAUUGCUCGCCGCCCGCGUCCUGGAUGAGACAGGGGUUUAUAAGAACCUGUUGCAAGAGAUUUCACAAAGAGUUGGAUCCCAUUUGCCUCAUUACACGACAUUCAGGUCUGGUUUAGGACAUUUACCGGUUUUCACUGGUACGGUUGAAUUGGCCGGAAUCACGUUUAGGGGAGAACCCGCAAAGAACAAGAAGCAGGCCGAGAAGAAUGCUGCUCUUGCUGCUUGGUUAGCAUUGAAAAAAUUGGCACAGCUAGAAGAAGCGAGUUCCUCUGAAGAACACGAAAAUAACAACGAUGACAAGGAACGGAUCAAAAUCGCAAGGGCCUUGCAGAAUUACAGUCUCCAGCUAAAAAAACCCGAAAACCCAAAAAAUCUGGAAAAAUCUCUCCCUCUACCAUUUCACACGCAAAGCAACAUUAUCCUCCCCCACUCGACCUCAGCAUCGAAAAUCCUCCCUCUCUUCUCCCGUAAAACACACGAAAAGUUAUCACGACAAAUACUCUUGCCGGAUUUUCAGGUUCCUUAUGUUCCGAUGGAUCGACGGCGGCAAAAAACUUACCGUGGAAUGGCACCGCCUGUAAUGGUGCGUUCGGCUGUGCCGGUUUUCUCUGCACCGCUGUUUCAGCCGCCAGCAAUGAGGUUGGCGCCGCCACCUGUGCAUGCCAGGCUGGCGGUGCCACUGUUCGCAUGUGGGCCAGGCCCGUUCGGAGUUCCGGCGACCCUUGAGGAAAUUGUCGCCUCCGGUAGUGAUGUCAUGUGUGAUGUGGACGAAUCAACGGCCCUCAAAUGCCUCGAGCAGCUUGAGAUAUGA